AUGAACUUCUAUGUGCUUUUAAGUCGUGAAGAUACUAUCUACUAUCUCAGAAUUUAUCAUUUGAUUGUUGCUCUUUUGAUGUUCUGUUGUGGAAUCAUCCAAAUUGAGUUUUUGUAUCGAACAAGAAAACUUCCAAAACUAGAUGAACCUCACGAAAUACCUGAUCCAGCUCUUAUCGGAGCAAUUGCAUUGACUCUCGGUAUCAUGUUGGGAUAUUUAUACUUCAUUGUGUUCGAUUACGCAUUUUCGAGUUGUGACAAACUAGUGGACGCUUUGUAUCCAUCUGAGUUAUUUAUUGAAGCAAUUUAUGAUAUUUUGAUGGCAACUUUCUCCGGAUUAUCUCUAAUUUACGUCCUCCACAGAAGAUUUUAUGGAGCCAUCAGUUCAAAUUUGGAUAAAGUUGGAAGACUCUUUAUCAACAUCACGUUUGCAGUUGUUUGGAUGAAAGUUGUCAUUUACAAAGGAUAUUUGAGUCAUCAAGUAAGUUUGUUUGCUUCGGAGCUUCAUGGAACCCAGAAAAUGUGGUAUUAUAUUAACAAGGGACUUCUGUCAUCUUCAAUAAUUUCUUGUGCUUCUGAAUUCUUCCCAAUCCUUCUUGUAACUCAUUGGUUAGCAUGUGGAGGAGCAGAAGAGAGAGCAGAAGAUAUAGAGAAAAGAAUGAAGAGAAAAGAAGGCGUUCGUGGAAUGCUCCGUGAAUUCAUGAAAGAUGUCUCUCGAGUCUACGUGGAACAUCCUGCUCUCGAAAAUAAGCCACUGAUUGUCAGCAAGUAUCUUGUCGCUUUCUUUGUUCUUAUCUCUCCAAUCGUCAUGAUUAUGUCCGCACUCAAAUGGCUUUUUUAUUUUUACUACACUAUAGAUUUUGAUGAAUUGGUGGAUGAGCAUUAUAUGACCAAUGAUUACAUCAAUUUGGCUGCAAAUGUUUGCCAAGUGUUUUUCUUCGGAGCGCUCUAUGCCUUCUCGAGAACAAUUCCAAACGAACGUCUCGAUGCUCAUCACAAAGCACAUGCAAGAGGAGAUAUUUCAAUUCUAUUCGGCUGCUGUGUCGUUCUUCUCAUCAAGCUGAUCUUGCAAUCUGUGGAAAUUGAAUAUCAGAGAGUUGAUGGAUUCAUAAUAUGGUCAGAUGCAGUCAUUCAGAAUGUUGAUUUAGUUAUGGUUCAAUUAACACAAUGGCUACAGUACUUUGCAGUUCGAAGACUGCUUGCACUCUCAGACAAAGAUUGUAUUGCAACUAAAAGAUUUUUGCCUCUGGCAUGUCUCGCGGGCCUUCUUCUUGCUUGGAUUCACUUUGGAGUCACUUUUUUCCAAACAUCACUUAUCAAAUAUCAACUCACUGACGAAAAAUUCCCAUUCUCAAGCACCACUCUCAUCUGCAUGAUAUUCACUCAAACACUGUUCCCUGCUGAUUAUCUCUUCGCAUUUACUGUCUCCGGAUGUUAUCUGGAAUUCCUUCAAAGAUACUUGAAUAUGGGUUAUUUCCAACUAGGAGAACCAAGAGUGAAUAUAACCCAUGGACACGGACACGGACAUGGUCAUGGCCAUAGCUCGACAGAUCAUGAAGAACUCCACGGAGAAGAGGACCACAAAAGUAAAGUAGCAUCUAUGUUGUAUGCAGCGAGUGUGCUCCAUAGGAAACGAUUCGAAGAACGAGGCAAUAGCACGGACACUCCAUAUGAUUGCGGUGCUCAUGGAUAUUGUUAUCCUGCGAACCGAACAACUGCCACAACUUGUUCAGGAUGCACCUGUUCUGAUCAAUCAACUCAAACCUCCGACACUGUUUGCACCGGUCCGACGAGUUGCUCUCCGAGUCCGUGCACAAUUUCUAAUCAGCAAUGCAAUAUUGUUGACGACAUUCCGACAUGUACAUGUGCUGCUGGGUAUACAGGAACUGACUGCACGAUGUUGACAAGUGACCCGUGCUCUCCACAGACUUGCUUACAAAAUGGAGUUUGCUCUUCGUCCGGAGGAACUUACACAUGUGCGUGUGCAACUGGAUUCUACGGAGAACAAUGUCAAUACUCUGGUGAUCCUUGUGCUGGGUACUGUUCAAAUGGAGGCACUUGUGAGCUAAUAUUCAGUGAGACUACUCCAUAUUGCCAAUGUCCAUUCGAUUAUUAUGGUGACACGUGUCAAACCGCCCGUAGUGUUCAGACGUCGUAUGUUGGUUGUUAUGAUGACUCGUCUGCUACUUUCACGGACUAUUAUGUCUACUCUGCUACCAUUACAAAAGGAAAUGAUUGUAGAGAUGCUUUAGUUGCUUAUCGGGAAGCUAAUCCCACCUCAAAUUAUGCGUAUUCAACAAUGAGUGGAACGAAAGGAGAGUGUCUCUUCUCUACAACAAAUACUCUCACUGAUCCUCCUCAAGCCGGAUUACUCGGUGGUCUCCUUGCUGCUCUUCUUGCCACGUGCUCAUAUUCUGAUAUGAAUUCUGGAUCUGCUUCUGUCUACUCGUUAAAUGAUGUCUGCACACCUGGCCCGUGCGGAGAUGCUGCAGGAAAUGGAAAAUGUAUUCAAACGUCUGCAGCCGCCUAUACUUGUUUAUGUAAUCCGCUUAAAACCGGGUCAACAUGCCAAAGUGAUGCCACGUUGACUCCAUGUGCAUCUGUGGAUUGUGGAGUUGGAACAUGUGGAAUAACCGAUGAUCAAAUUGGAAGUUAUUGUCUUUGUACAAGUACUAAUCAAACUGUUCCUUGUGUCGGAGACCCUUGCACUUCGAAGCCUUGUCUCUACGGUGGAACAUGUACUGACUUGGGAAAUGGUAGCUAUUCUUGUGCCUGCUUGAAUCUCUAUAUGGAUACAAACUGUGAAACUUUCAAUUCUUGUUACAUCAACAAAUGUGAGAAUGGAGGGACUUGUAUUCCCACCUAUGAUCUACUAGAUUCCACUUUUACAUGUCAAUGCACACCUGAUUGGAAGGGAACUCUUUGUGAAGAAGAAAGAUUUUAUUGUGAUGAAACUCCGUGUCAAAAUGGUGGAGAAUGUGAAGAUAUCAUCGGGCCUCCGAAUAGUUACAAUUGUACUUGUACUCCUCAAUGGACUGGGACCAACUGUACAAUUGAUGUGGAUGAAUGUGCCGAAGACACAACUCUCUGCAAAACAAAAGAUCCAGAUGCUACUUGUGUGAAUACAAAUGGAAGUUAUUACUGUGUUUGUGGUCCCAAUAUGUUUGGAAAGUCAUGUCUGUUCAAUAAGAUAAUUUAUCAAAUUCUGAAUGCAACCUAUGGAAACUUGGGGCCGGAUGAGCUUGAUGAAAUGGCACAAGAGCUUACAAAUGAUCCAACAUUAGUCCGUGACAUAAUUCCAUUUCUUAUCGGAGGAUACAGUUUGGAAACAAGAACUGCUUUGUCUUGGACUGCGGAAGAUAUCUCAAACUUUGUGAUGUGGAAUGACAAAGUGCUGGGAAACUGUUUCACAUUCAAUCACAUGAACUCUUCUUUCCAAUAUAAAGCAAGAGAAUCUGGGUAUUCUGGAGGACUCGAAAUGCAAAUGAAUGUGAAACAAUCAGAGUAUCUUCCGUGGACAGAAACAGCUGCUGUAAUGGUUUUCACGUCGACAAAGGAAGAAGUUGUGACUUCAGAAUCUGUUAGAAUCAAUACUGCUCCACAUUUUGAAUCGAGGAUAGCUAUAAAUAGGAAAGACUACUAUCGUCUGGGUGGAAGAUAUGGGAAGUGCGUGAAGGCAAUCAAAGAAGUCAAAUCGUAUUAUUACGAUGGGGAUUACACUACGGAUGGAUGCCUCAGAUCAUGUUAUCAAGAUGUCGUCAGUGAGAGUUGCCAAUGUAUGGAUCCGAGAUAUCCCAUGCCUUCUGAUGGAAUCUCUUGCAAUAUAUCUCAGAAGAAUUGUAUCGAUGCACUCGUUGACUCUAAAGGAGAUCCAUCCACCUGGCCACAGUGUUCUUGUCCAUUGCCUUGUUCACAGACCGUUUACACUUCGAAACUUUCCAGAUUACCAUAUGUAAAUAAGAUUGUGGAUUGUGAGAAUUCAUCCGUAAACAAAACUUCUUGUUAUGAGAAGUACUUCGAUUCGGUCAUUUUGAGAAUUGCUCUCCCGAAACUUGAUUACAUGAUUUACAGUGAAACUCCGGCUAUGGAUCUAACCAAGUUCAUGUCUUAUCUCGGAGGAAUUCUGAGUAUUUUGAUUGGAGUCUCCAUCGUCUCUUUCGUCGAACUUUUCUUCUUAUUCGUCCAACUAAUUGUCAUUCUUUUAUUCAAUAAGAGACUAUAA